AUGCCGUCAUCUCUCCCUGCAGCCACCAAUGUUCAUGUGGAGACUGAUCAGCAAUAUUUAGGAGGUAGCAGCAGGGGAACACAGCAGAGGGGGGUGCCUCCUGGAGGAGCCCAAAAUGCUGCACUUCAAGGGGAACACGUCCAACUUCCGGGUGUCCAUGCGGGAUGUACCACACUCACUCUGGAACAUCAAGCCACUCACCACCUGCCAGCACAAGGAAGCGUGGCACAAGACAGUAUUUCAACUGUUGACUCUAUCGAAGACAAUGAAGAACCAUCAUCUAGAUCAGCCUUCAGAGAUCCUCCUGAUGGCCUAACAACUGAACUACAUGGCAAUGCUGAGUAUGAUCCAUCUCAAUCAUUUGAGGAAGCUUUCCCUGAUGUGGGGGAUUGGACGUAUGAUGAUGGAUAUAUGUUCAGUGAGGGAUUUGAAGAGGGUUUGAGUGAGGACUGUGUAGAAGAGUCAAAUUUCAAGGACACAGCAGACAAACCAUUAUAUGACAAUGCAUCAAUAACUGUGGCAGAGUGCCUUUUGAUCAUCAUGGCUUACGUAAACUGUCAUAAAGUAACUGAUAAGGCCCUUAGUGAUUUGCUUAAAAUGUUCAAGUUGCUUUGUCCCGAUAGUCUGAAUACAGACUGCUUAAACAGUGUACAGAAGUUCAAAGACUUUUUUUUCUCCCACUCUGCAUCAUCCCCUAUUGUAUUGCAUACAUAUUGCAGUAAUUGUUUUGGGUCAUUAGAAGGUGAACAAUUAGAAUGUCUGUCUUGUGGGACCAGUGUGUCAGAAGAAAGAUCCUCAUCCUUCAUAGAGGUUCCAAUUGAGGCUCAAAUAAGGUCAUUAUUUCUCAAGCCAGGUUUUCAGGAGAAGCUUAACUUUAGAUUAAGCAGGAAGAAGAAAGAUCCUAACAACAUUGAAGAUAUAUAUGAUGCAGAAGUUUACAAACAGCUUGUAGAUGGAGGUGGUCCUCUGAGUGACCCUAAAAACAUCUCACUUACUUGGAACACGGAUGGGGUACCUAUUUUCAAAUCGUCCAAGUUUUCAGUGUGGCCUUUUUAUUGUAUCAUCAAUGAAUUGAGUUUCAUGGAACGCACAAAAAGAGAGAAUAUGAUAUUUGCUGGACUUUGGUAUGGGGAUUCAAAACCAUCCAUGGUUACAUUUCUUAGACCACUAAGUGACACACUGAGUAAACUUGCAGACAAUGGAAUUCUUGUGCAACCUGCAGAGUUGACAUCUGAACCUUUUGUGUGUAAAGUGCUCACCAUUGCUGGAACAUGCGACUUGCCUGCUAAAGCAUUAGUCCUUAAUUCAGUGCAAUACAAUGAGAAAUUUGGAUGUCAUAAAUGUGAGCAGCCAGGAGAGACUGUGAAGACAGGGGAGAGGGGACAUCCCUCAGCAAAAUCCACCUUCACCUGCUGCAGCAGCUCAGGAGACAACAGCACCUCCAGGGUCCUCAUAGGCAAGCCUCCACUGCCUGUGGGUCUUUCCAUCUCCUGCAGAGGGUAG